GGCAGAUUCAAUUUGCAUGCAUCAGUGAACAAUCAGUUGAGUUAUGACCAAGUGGUUGGGCUCAUUGCCAGUUGCCGUAUCCGAGUCAGGGUUCUCGUACAUGUUGACGCCGUGGACCCGAGUGAUGGCUCCAGCGCUGGCGAGGCAUGCCAACGACGAGUUGGUCGCGAGGUAUCUCACGCCGCAGUUUCCACAUCCAUACACGAUGGACCAUGCGUUUGGAUACAUUUCCUAUGCUACGACCACGACCAGCGAAGACAUUCUUGCGAUUGUGCGUGUGAACCCAGCAACUCUCGAGCAGGAAGCCAUUGGCAGCAUUGGCAUGAUCUACUCCAACGACGACGACACUGCCAAGUUCGGGUACUGGUUGGGCCAAGCUCAUUGGGGAAAAGGCGUCGCGUCUGCUGCGGUGCACUCGUUUUUGACGGGGGUAAUAAGCAACGACAAUGACCGGAGGGGCGUGAAGCUCGUGGAAGCCUCAGUGUACGCUCCAAACGCAGCGUCACAGCGUGUCUUAGAGAAGAAUGGAUUUCAAGUGCUUCGAGUUGAUCCCAAGCUACCGUAUCGUGACGGAGGUGUCAUGGAAGCUAAGAUCCUUGUGAAAAGAUUGGGCGAUGGUUUAGUAAAACUGCCAUGACAAUACAUAUGUCAGUGAAAGUGGAGUGUAGUCUACUGUACAGUAAGUAGUCAACACAUUAACAUCUAAUAGUCCUCUGUACACUA